UAGAUAAUCUACUGUUAUCAGCCUAUAUAUACCGUUUUUGUUUAUUUAUAUUUUUACCAUUGAGUUCGCAACCGGCAAGAUGACAUCCAUGGGAGUGAUUAAACGUGGAUUCUCCACUUCCACUGUCAAAAAUACAAUUAAAAAUGUAACAGUUAUUGGGGGAGGCUUAAUGGGUUCAGGAAUUGCACAGGUUGCAGCACAAGCAGGAAACAACGUAACACUGGUAGAAAUCAACCAGGAGCAAUUAAACAAAGCUUCGAAAAUCAUCAGCGGAAGUUUGGCCAGAGUUGCUAAAAAAUUGUUCAAUGGCGAGGAAGCUAAAAUGAAAAACUUCGUGGACGAAACCCAAUCUAAAAUAAAAUCAUCCACAAAUGUCGACGAAUCAGUUCAAAAUACCGAUCUAGUGUUGGAAGCCAUUGUGGAGAAUUUGGAGAUUAAACAAAAAUUGUUUAAACACCUGGACGAAAUUGCUCCACAAAAAACGAUUUUUGCUUCAAAUACCAGUUCAUUAUCCAUUGGUGAAAUAGCAUCGUUAACGAAUCGUAAAGAUCGAUUCGGAGGACUCCAUUUCUUCAAUCCCGUACCAGUGAUGAAACUAUUGGAAGUGGUGAGAAUUCCUGAGACCUCCGAGGAAACUUACCAGACGUUGAUGGCUUGGGGGAAGAGCAUUGGAAAGACAUGCAUAACAUGCAAAGACACUCCUGGUUUUGUAGUCAACAGACUAUUAGUCCCAUAUGUUGCUGAAGCUAUAAGAAUGAUGGAGCGAGGAGACGCAUCCCCUGAGGACAUUGAUACUGCUAUGAAACUUGGAGCUGGAUAUCCUAUGGGUCCAAUUGAGUUGUCUGAUUAUACAGGACAUGAUACAUCCUACUUUAUAAUGAAAGGUUGGCAAGAAAAAUUCCCAGACAAUCCUCUUUUUAAAGUACCCAAAUCCCAGGAGAAACUAGUUAAAGAAGGAAAAUUGGGUAGGAAGACUGGGGAAGGAUAUUAUAAAUACAAAUUGUAACUUAUUCUAUUAAUUAAUAAUGUUCUUUCUAUACUAAAUGUUA